AUGUCUUCUGUUCGCGAAGUCAAGGUGGCCACUGAGAUCCCCGGCCCAAAGUCCAGGGCUGAGGCCGAGAAGCUGGGAGCCUUCUUUGAUAACCGAGCCUUUUACUUUAUUGCCGAUUACGACAAGAGCUCUGGCAACUACAUCGUCGAUGUCGACGGCAACCAGUACCUUGAUGUCUACUCCCAGAUUGCCUCCAUCCCCGUGGGCUACAACAACCCCACGCUCAUCAAGGCCGCCCAGUCCCCCGAGCUCAUCUCCGCCCUGGUCAACCGCCCUGCCCUGGGCAACUUCCCCUCCAGCCAGUGGCACGACGUGCUCAAGAACGGCCUCCUCCGCGUCGCCCCCAAGGGCCUGGACCAAAUCUUCACCGCCCAGUCCGGCUCCGAGGCCAACGAGCUGGCCUACAAGGCCGCCAUGAUGCUCUACCGCCGCAAGCAGCGCGGCGAGGGCGUCGAGUGGACCGAGGAGGAAAUCGCCUCGUGCCUCGACAACGCCAAGCCCGGCUCCCCGGACCUGGCCAUCCUCAGCUUUGCAAACUCCUUCCACGGACGCGGCUUUGGCAGCUUGUCCACCACCCGCUCAAAGGCCGUCCACAAGCUGGAUAUUCCCUCCUUCAACUGGCCUCAGGCCCCCUUCCCGGCGCUCAAGUACCCUCUCGACGAGUACAAGGCUGAGAACGCCGCCGAGGAGAAGCGAUGCCUCGAAAAGGUCGAGGAGCUCAUCAAGACGUGGCAGUUCCCCGUGGCCGGCCUGAUUGUCGAGCCCAUCCAGAGCGAGGGCGGCGACAACCACGCCUCUGCCGCCUUCUUCCAGGGCCUUCGCGACAUUACCCAGAAGCACAACGUCACCAUGAUUGUCGACGAGGUCCAGACUGGAUUCGGCGCCACCGGCAAGUUCUGGGGCCACGAGCACUGGAACCUGACUUCGCCUCCCGACAUUGUCACCUUCUCCAAGAAGGCCAACACUGCGGGCUACUUCUUCGGCAACCCCCAGCUGGUGCCCGACAAGGCUUACCGCCAGUUCAACACCUGGAUCGGUGACCCAGCCCGUGUUGUCAUGGCCAAGGCCGUUGUCGAGGAGAUUCUGUCCAAGGACCUCUGCAACCAGACUGCUCGCGUUGGUGCGGCACUCUACAAGGAGAUGGAGCGCCUCGCCGAAAAGUACCCACAGCUGGUGCAGAACCUUCGUGGCAAGGACCGAGGAACCUACAUUGCCUUUGACACCAAGGACUCUGCCGCCCUUGUCAAGAAGAUGAAGACGCUUGGCGUCAACAUCGGCACUUGCGGUGUCCGGACCGUGCGACUUCGCCCCAUGCUCGUCUUUGAGGAGGCUCACAUCCCUUACCUGAUUGAGUCCCUGGACAAGGCCCUCGGAUCUGCAUAG